AUGGGUUGUAUACCGGAUCUUCCUGGUACCUCUUCGUUGCCAGAAAGUGCAAAGAACACCAUCUGGACCAUACCCGUCAUCAUGGUCGGGACGAUCCUCCCCACAGCGACUGUUGUCUUUCUGAUCAUGCGUCGGAUCAAGGCUCGACAAUAUCGUCGCGCUUGCGACGUCGAUCCGCUAUUAUCCCGAGCGGAGUUCUCGCGAAGGUGGAAGAUGAGCGCCGCGCAGCAGCUUCGGGAGGACGAACAUAGACGAAAGGUCCUAAUCCAGCAAGCAUUAACUAAGAGGCUCAGGGAGGACGAGAUGGCAACGCCGUAG